UUGGAUAAAGAUCGAAUUUCCUUGCAUAUGCUUCGAGGUAGGCCAGCACUUCCGUGCAGUGCGGAUAGAUCCCGGCAUAGGCUUUUUCGUGACCGUCAUAGCCAUCUUCCGCGUCCCACGGAAAGUCCGAAAACUCGCUGUGCCUCCGCGAUGUGUUCGUACACAAUUCUUUCCAUAUGCCGGCGUUGUGCGUGUCUCUGUCGAGGGACCACCUUCCACCCACUCUCGAGCACCGAUCAAAUCCGAUGACUUCGCCGAAGCCACCGUCGGCCUUCAGUUCUUUGACCAUGGCCAAGCCCGCCGGCCCCAACCCGAUCACACCCACAGUCUUUUUCUUCGCGCUCAUUGUUGUCGUAUCUAUGGUUAGUGUUGUCGUCAAUUACUAAUGUUACGUGUCAGGUAGGAUAUGGGACAUCGGAGAAGUGAAGCUUUGUUUCUUUUUCCUUUCAAGUCGUUCUGUACAAUUUUUACCACUGUACACUAUGUACAGUAAGGUACGGCACAUUUUCGUCGCGUACGGUACCUUCAUGAUUUAUGAUUCAUGACAUUCGCGGAUACGUAGUACCCGGUACUAUUAAAGAACGUGGAAGUGGGUUUGAAAGAUAGCCCAGCAAUACAGUAGUUCGUACAGUAGAAAAGUACAGUCGAAGUAGAAGUACUAGAGUAGGUUUUUCUUAGCCUCGUGUGGGUUUGAAAUUUGUGAGCGACGUUUUCCGCUAUUCUGUAUCACUGCCUGCCAACCAUCGAGAAGACAACGAAGAGCGCGCGGGUUGUUGCUAAUAUUUCACACCGAAUACCAUACUGUAACUCAUUGUCGAUGAUGGUGAUACUACGUACUUCUUUCAAUAAAUCGACAAGCAACGGCAACAGCGAAUGCAUCCCACAAAAAGGACAUUGACAGCCAAGAAGAGCGAUCAGAGACUUACACCCAAAACAAGUGGCGCCAAUUUUCUAACAUGGAGCAGCAGCAGGCCAUCGUGCUCUUUUACAUGUAUUUUUCGUCGUCGUCGUCGUCGUCGUCUUCGCCUGGGCAUGCAACGGCAAUCCGAAGAUGGUGGGAAGACCCAAAGGGAAAUAUCCGGAGGCUUUACCAGUGGCACGAAACGAAUCUGUCGACCAUAUCUUCUUCUACGGAGAAUCAACUGGCCGCUAACAAACGGAGACUCGCCCUGGUGGGCCGAAUCUUGAUUGCCCCCGAGGGGAUCAACGGAACGGUAUCGGGGAACCGCGCGUUCGUCGAGGCAUACGUCGAACGACUGAGGGAGUACGACAGUGUGUUUGGGGCGACGGAGACCGGCGGGAGCAACACGGACGGAGCCGAUCUCAGGAUAUUUCGAGACGUAGAUUACAAAAUGUCGUACGAUUCCUCUCCGGAACCCUUGUUUCCGGACCUGAAAAUCAGCAUCGUCAAGGAAAUCGUCAGCACGUCUGGCCUUGUGGACGUCCACGACGUACCCCUCGAGACGGGGAAACACCUGACGCCCGAGGAAUUCCACCAAGUGCUGGAGGAUUCGAAAAACCAGGAGCAGUCCAAAGAGAUUGCCCUGAUCGACGUUCGGAACACCUUCGAACACGACAUUGGGUACUUUGUGGAUCCCAGAACAAAAAGCAAAGCCAUCGACCCCGAGACGACAACCUUUUCUUCCUUUGACAAGUUCUGCGAGCGCAAUGCCGAAGAACUGCGGAACAAGAAGGUGAUGAUGUACUGUACCGGUGGGAUUCGGUGCGAAAAGGCCUCGGUUCUGUUGAAGAGAAGGGGUGUCGAGGACGUCAACCAGUUGUCCGGAGGAAUCCAUCGCUACCUGGAAAAAUAUGGAAACACUGGUCACUUCAAGGGUCUCAAUUUUACGUUCGAUAAACGGGUGGCAAUGAAGCCAAACUUUGCAACCGAAUUCUGCAACGAUACUGGCAAAGAUUUAGAAAGCGACGACCAUAAAGCUCCGAGCUGUGACGACACCAAAGACGACUCAUACGACAUAGUUGGCCGCUGCGUCGAAUGCGACGAUCCGUUUGACGAACUAUGUGGUUCCAGGGUUUGCACUGUCUGCCGGGAUUUGGUGCUGGUCUGUGAAAAGUGCCGUUCUAGGAGCUCCUUGCGAGAAUACCACUGCAAACGGCAUUCCGAGUGGAAGAAUUGCUACUUUUCCUUUCUGGAAAUUUUUGACCUGAACGAGCUCGAAGCACAACUGAAUGCUCUGCGGGCUUUACGGGACGAAGAUUCUAUGGCCAAAAGCGUUCGGCGGACGCUAACGCGUCAAAUCAAUAAGGUAGAAAGCCGGAUACGUGCGGUAAACGACGGUAGUCAAUCCGUGGACAAAAACGCACCCCGACGGUGUCGGUCUUGCCAGGAAGUACUGGGCCAGGCAUGCGACGGCAAGUGCUGGGGAUUUUGGAGGAAAGUGGAGGUCCUCCCCACACUCACAACCAAUGAGAACAAGACACAAGGGGUUGGCAUUUGUGAUGAUUCAAAAAACACUAGCAACGAUAGCACAAAAAGGGCAAAAAUAGCAGCUAAGCGAGGCAGAAGAGCCAAACAGAAAUUGGAGGCUGAAAUGGAAUUUUUGCCUCGACCACCAGCUGGUUCUACCCUUGCUAGCGAGUGAAUUUUCCACGUUUUUGUUUUUUUGAACCCUACAAAGAAUUAAGACGCACCGUAUCAAGGAAAAAAUCACAGUUACCAUG